ACUCGUCCAUUGCGCUGGUGCAGCUGCUGCAGUAAAAGUGUUUGUCAGCCACUCUGAGGAUUUUACGGCACAAUGACAUCUCAGGUUGCGCGGACGGUCCUGCGUUUGGAGGCAUCUGAAGUUGAGGUGCUGAAGGACGGCAUCAAUUUUAAGAAAAAUCCAGAAGAUGGCAAAUGUUACAUCAUUUUCAAAGACAAAGAUAAAACACGAGCCUGCAAAAACCAAUGCAAGCACCAAGGAGGACUUUUCAUGAAAGACAUAGAGGAUUUAGAUGGCAGAACUGUGCGUUGUACUAAACACAACUGGAAACUUAAUGUGUCCACUAUGGAGUAUGUCAACCCACCCGACAGUUUUAUGCAGGAUGAACUUGAGGUGAUGCUGUCAGAUACUGAUGGGAGUUUGGAGCUGAUUGAGUUAAAUCCACCUGACCCUUGGACUGUGGACCGCCGAGAGGCACAAGAGCUACAACCUGGGGAGCUCACGUUGACAUACAUUACACAUGCGUGUAUGGAACUCAAAGCAGGAGGCAAGAAGAUGAUGUUUGAUCCCUGGCUGACAGGACCGGCGUUUGCCAGAGGAUGGUGGCUCUUGCACGAACCUCCAUCUGAUGCCAUGGAGAGACUCAGUCAGGCUGAUCUCAUUUACAUCAGUCACAUGCACUCCGACCAUCUGAGCUACCCCACUUUAAAAUUACUCUCAAAGAAGCGGCCUGAUAUUCCCAUUUAUGUUGGAGACACCUCACGCCCAGUGUUCUGGUACCUGGAGAGAAGUGAGGUGAAUUUAACAAACAUCAAUGUGGUGCCCUUCGGUGUAUGGCAGAAUGUUGAUGAGCAUCUGAGAUUUAUGAUUCUGAUGGACGGCGUUCAUCCUGAAAUGGAUACUUGUAUAAUAGUGGAGUAUAAAGGUCACAUGGUUCUGAAUACGGUCGACUGUACCAGGCCAAACAAUGGGCGUCUCCCACACGGUGUCGAUGUGAUGAUGAGUGACUUCGCUGGAGGCGCUUCUGGCUUUCCAAUGACUUUCUAUGGUGGUAAAUACAGCGAAACCUGGAAGGCAGAGUUUAUCAAGAAUGAAAGAAAGAAACUGCUGAACUAUAAGACUCAGCUGGUGAAGGUUUUACAGCCCAAGAUUUACUGUCCUUUUGCUGGUUACUUCACAGAAGCUCAUCCCUCAGACAGGUACAUAAAGGAGACAAAUACAAAGAACAGCGCUGAAAACCUCAACGCUUCCAUAAGGAAGAGCUGCCCAAAUACUCUGACCUGGACUCCUUUACCCUCUUCUGUGCUGGAUGUUGCUCUCGCUCUUGCAGAUCCAUCUAACACGAAUGCAAUCACUCAACCCUCAAAUGGUACAAAGAUUUUAAAGGACAACUGGAACUUUGAUUUGUAUUUGGAUGAGCUGAACGCUGCCAUUUCCAAUGAUAUCUUUAAAUACAAAUCAUGGAUCCAGUAUUAUUAUAACUGGGCAGGAUUUAAAGGCUACAAUCUGGUUAUACGGGUCAUUGAGACGGAUGAUGAAUUUGAGCCACUGGAUGGAGGUUACGAUUAUCUGGUGGACUGCAUGGAUCUUUCCUUUCCAGACAGGAGACCAGAGAGAGAUCACGCAUAUGAGGAGAUUAAAAACAGAGUGGGUGUGAUGAGACACGUGGUUGUAAAAGGACGACUCUGGGACGACCUGUACAUCGGCUUCAAUAACAGAAUGAGUCGAGAUCCUGAUGUUUAUCAUCACAAGUUUUGGAAUCAUUUCCAGACAGAAUUACCACUAACAGCUCCAGACUGGGAUCAUUUCCUUCAAAUUGUCUCUAAAGAUUCGGGAAUGUCAGACAAAAUGGCGAAUGGCACAAUUGACGCUUAAUUUUCCGUGUUAUAAUUGGUCAGGUUGCCUGUCAAUCAAACAGGCAAAGGGUCAAUUGUUUGUCUUUGACUAAAUCACAGCUGCACAGAUACAGAGAAUGACAGAAUGUGAUAUUGCUUUAUAAAUGAAGUUAGUAAAUAUGAAUUCAUUAGCACGCUCCUACAGUAUAACCUUCAGGAUAUAAAAGCAGCCUCUUACUUCUGGUGUCAAUUAUUUCAGCAUCUCUCCUCCUGCAUUUGUCUUUCUGUCAAUGAUAAUAUCAUUUAUACUCCGUAUAGUGAAUAAUAAAUAAAAUACUGUUAUGUUUACUUGAAAUAGGUUCAGAAAUAUUUAUUUUUGUUGAAAAUGGUUUUUAAAUGUUAAAAAUCUUACAAUUAAACUUUUUCCUUGAUUACACACUACAUUACAUGAUAAAAAAUCAAUUAUAAAAAUAUAUUUAAAAAAUGUGUAUUGAGAUUAUUGCUAUUUAAUAAUUGUUGGGUUCCUAUAGAGUACAUUGUUGCCUUUCACUUGAUGGUUUAGAAAUGCUUUAUUGAACUGCAAUCAAGACAUUGUUUGUCUCAACUGAUACAAGAAGAGUUCUGUAUACUAAAGUUUAUAUGUAAAAUCAAAUUGUUCCAUGACAAUAACAAAUAUAACAAUAAAAACGAAACAAAUGUAA